UAGUUAUUAUUCUGCCGAUAGAUGCCCCUAAAUCCCACACACAGGACCUUUAAACUGUGGAGCCUCCGUCCGAUCGAUGUUGUCUGAAUCGUGAUUUGAUUAAUGUGGUCUGGCUCGACGACGCUAACGGAAAGCGAGUUGUUGUGAAUUGGAGCUGCUCAGUCUCGGAGCUCAUGAACAAGGAAAAUUUGUCGUGAAGAAAAGACAAGAGAAGCAGCUUUUUUGACAAUGUCGCGGUUGUUUUUGCCAAACCGUCUUUGUGCCAAAUGUACCCUGCCAACAGCGCGCGGGUCUUCUUUGUUAACACCGGCGCGAGACAGUCAACAGGCAAGUGUUUUUAUUCACCAACAGAGACGAUAUGUCGGAGGGUCAAACACAGCCGAUUUUAAACACAAGUCAAAGUCCAGGAUUUGGAUAUAUGGGGUUGGUGUGGGGAUUGCUAUAGCUGUGGGACUGAAAUACCGAGCUGACCCCGCCAACAGCUCCUGUGACGCUGGAGUAAAACCAGUACAGAGGACUGAUCGAUUCAGCAAUGCCAUAAAAGUUAGCAGAGACCUUGUGGAGAGGAUAAAGGUAAGCAUUGAGACUGAGGUCGGGGCUCCAGGGAUUUUGGUUGGGGUCUCCGUGGAUGGUGCUCAAGUCUGGAGUGAAGGAAUCGGCUAUGCUGAUUUGGAAAAUCGUGUGCCAUGCAGCCCAGACACGGUGAUGCGGAUCGCCAGCAUCAGUAAGCCCCUCACAACUGCAGCUGCUGCACGACUGUGUGAGGAGGGGAAACUAGAUCUUGAUGUCCCUGUCCAGAAAUAUGUCCCUGAAUUUCCCCAGAAACAAUUUGAUGGACAGGAUGUCACAAUAACCCCCCGUAUGAUUAUGUCCCACCUGAGUGGUAUACGACACUAUGAGAAGGAUGCAAAGAAAGUGAAGGAGGACAAGGAGAAAGCUAAACGUCUUUUAAAGUCAGAAAAGAAAGAGGAUGAAAAGAGCGCAUCUGGAAACAAAGAUAAAACCACAACAGAACAGAACACAAAAGGCAAAGAGACCACUCAGAAGAAAAAAGAGUUUGAGCAGGAGGAAUACUACUUGAAGGACAACUUCGAAAGUGUCACUCAGGCUUUGGACCUCUUCAAGAACGACCCGCUCAUUUUCAAACCUGGCACCACGUUUCUGUACUCCACCCACGCCUUCACCCUGCUCAGUGCUGCUAUGGAGCGAGCUGCUGGACAGAGCUUCCUGGAUGUCAUGACGAACAUGUUCCGUGAGCUGGGAAUGCUUAACACUGUGCCCGAAGAGAAUGACCCUAUUAUUUACCAUCGCUCCAGAUUUUAUCAUCUCAACAAGAAAGGACGGGUUGUGAACUGCCCAUAUGUAGACAACUCCUAUAAGUGGGCAGGAGGCGGCUUCCUUUCCACUGUGGGCGACCUGCUGCUGUUCGGUAAUGCUCUACUCUACAGCUUCCAGGUGGCUCACCUGAACAACACUGAGGGCUUACUCCCUGGCUUCCUCAAACCCCAAACUAUUAUAGAACUGUGGGCACCUGCUGAUAAGACAGAGGCCAGCUGGGAUAAGGAUGGACUGUAUGCCCAGGGCUGGCUGGUAGUGGAGAAACUACAGAAAUAUGGCCAGUGCAGGAAGCGCAGACACUAUGUGUCGCACACAGGAGGCGCUGUGGGUGCUAGCAGCGUCCUCCUUGUGCUACCCAGUGAGGAGACAGAAAAGUGCCAAGGCCAGACCCCGCUCCUCCCACAGGGGGUGGUGGUCACCAUCAUCACUAACAUGCAGUCUGUGGGACUCAACACCACAGCACUGAAAAUUGCGAAAGAGUUUGACAAAGCCAGAAGCAUGUGAGAGUAAGUUGUUUACAGGAAUGUGUGGGUUUUUAUUUUACUGAGAAGUAUUUCAGAUAAACUGUGUUAUCUUGUGAAAUUUUGAUAAUGCUUUUAAAUAAUUUUAGGAAGCUAAAUGAAUCUCAAACAUAUAUUUUUUAUCCAUUUUAUGGAUUUUGCAAAGUAAGGUCACUUACUUUUCAUGACAAUAUUUGCCAAGGAUGCCAGACUGCCACUAGGUGGAAGCAAUUCACUAUAUUUCUAUCACAGAAAGGCCACUGAUUUAUGCUAUCAGUUUGCUGGCUUCAUACAGAGCUUCAUGCACUUCUACCUCUUAAAAGCUAAUACAGCAACAAAUAUAAAUGUAUUUCUGCAUCUGAGAGAAAGGGAAACAUUUCAUAUACAAUGGAAAGAGGUCAGUUGCUGUUUAAAGCAGCACGGUACACCUGUGAAGUGUCUACGUCACAUGAAGUGACUUUUAAGGCCCUACCUGAACAGAUAUUUCCUCAUUGUGACAUGACAUGACACGUACGCUGUACAGAUUGUAAAGCCCCUCGAGGCAAAUUUAAUUUGUGAUAUUUGGCAGUAUAAAUAAAACUGACUUGAUCUGACAUGCUUUGGGAUAAACCCUGUGGUGUGUCAACCUAUUGUAGCUCUGUCAAUAAUCAAUAGGGUGACAUUUGUACAGUGUACUUAGCACUGAGCCGAGUGUCUACAAUCCUGAGUUAGUCUUUGGCUUUAACAAAACGAGCAAUUCCACAAUGAGUGUGCUGCAAUGCUAGUUCAUUGAUGGUGCAAGAGUUCUCGAGAGUAACUAAGCUGUCAGCCGUCCAAAUCUAGUUUUUGGGGUUUUUUUUCUUCUUCCAGUUGGUUGUUGGCAACUGUUGGAGAAUACUGGAAGUCCAUCAAAAUGAAAAGACUAACAAACUAUUGGCAAUGCAGUCCAACAAGUUUUAAUUCUGUCCCUACCCUCGCUGAAAUGAAGCAGAUUUGAUGCCACCAUUUUCAUUAGAAGCCUCCUGGGAUCUCCUGUGCCCCUGUUUUUAGAUUUAAGGGGACUGAUGAAUGGCUUGGGAUACGCUAAUUAUACAGACUCCCACACACAGUGUGUCACUAAGUUUGCUCUGUGUGUUCCUGCAUGUCCGGCUUUGUGAGAGCCAGUUUAGAGUUUUAAAACUGCUCAGUGAAGAUAUUCUUAAAAAGUGAGGUCAUCCUGACGAGUCCUGGCUGCAGCGAGGGGCAAUUAUGGUUUAUGGUUGAGAUUAAAUUAAGGAUUAAGUUAAGAGUAGGCUAAAGGUUGAGGGUAGCAA